CUUCUAGCUGCGCCUCCAUCGAGCAACUCUUGAUUGGCUUCCGUUCGCUUAUUUCGCCUGCGACAUCACUUCUUUCUAAUUUUGCGAUACCUCCGCGCCGAACAUGUCGAGGGGCUCAGCCAACCUCGAGUUCAGCAUCCGUGGCGACGAGCUCGAGCGGAACCGAAUAUUAUUAGAACGCAAUCUACAGCACACCGAUCUGUCUUUGCAUCUCUCUUCUGCUCCGGAAGACGACUUCUCCGACGUUGAAUACCCCAGAAACCACCCCGCACCCUCACCUUUCACCGUCUUUGCGUCGUUCGAGCAACGCUCUGGCGAUCACCUCGAAGCCGGCGAACACAGCCAACUCGGCGGUUGGUCGUAUCAAUCUUUUGACCCGGGUGACACCGUAAACCCCUACGGUGGUGAAACAAUGUCCACAGCCGCCCAUCACGCAAGUGCACUCACUCUGAGUGCCGGGCUUGCAGGUCGAGGAUCCAGGAGGGAUGUUAGCCUUAGUGGUGCCGAGUACGACCCAGACCGCCCUUUGCAAGGCAUCAUGGCUGGCUUUGAAGCUCACUUCAGUGCCCUUGGGAUGGACCCUGUGAAGGAUAAGCAGCUUGGCCCUGAUGCUAUCGCUUUCGAUCCUCUGGUCGUGGAUGACCCGGCCGGUCUGGACAAGGUUUUCUUAUCGAGCCAUCCUCCGAUACGCCAUGAAGCAGUGCGCUCGCCGAUCUCUUCCUUUACAUCAUCCACGUCAGAAUCAGACAGUGGCUCUGCUAGGCAUCAUUCCCCGGCGUCCAGACCCAAACUCUCUGAUGCACUCAAUGCCAUUACAUUUUCUCCCAAGCGACCCCGUAGUGCGCCUACGAAUGGCUCAUCCCGCCCUUCUGUCAAUAAUCAGCGCGCAAAUUUGCAAUCAAAGCGAUCGAGGAGCCCACCGCAGACAACAUACCCUUCCUUGUUCAAUAACGAACGAUCUGCCCCUCGACCCAACAAACCUACCACUGGCCUGCGCUCACCCGUCGGGUUGUACCAAACGUCUCUUUCGUAUGCGCAGCCCGACCCAGAGGUGACGGUACAACCGCCAACGCCGCCGCCUCCGAGCAGCUCUCACUUUGUGGACAUGGCACGCAAGCUCGUACAGGAGAUCCAGACGGAAAAGAGGCAACAAGCUGAGGCUUGCGCGAAACGUAGUGCCGCUAGGGCUCCGGUAGUACCGACCACGCGACGCGAUGCACGAGUGGCAACACAGGCGAAGGAACGGGGCCCCUUCAAAAACCUCGUGAAUCAAGCUCCGUCACGCUCAGUCCAUGCCUCCAACGUUAAGACUACGAACGUAUCCAAAGGCCGUAUCUACCUGCCGGAUGUGACCGGUCUGACCAGCGCUGUCGAAUCCCCUGCAAAGGCGGGUAUGGACUACUACGAUUAUAAUGCCAUGGACGACGGGCAGCAUGCCGCUCGCUUCAUCGCCACUCUCAAUGCCGUGCAGUCCAAGCUUGCAUUCCUUGAAUCUGAAAAUAGCAUUUCUCGACGGCGAAUGAAUGAGUUGGAGCUCGAGCUGGAAACCUGCAAGAAAGAGGUAGCUCGAGAGCGGACGAGACUACUCGAGCAAGAAGUGCAAGCUUCACGUGAUGCUGCUGCUGCUGCUGCUAAGAGGGAGAGGCACAAGCUUGGUGUCCCAUGCAGGCAAACAACCGUUAACGGGUUGGGUCACAACGUAGACCCUGAAAUCCGCUGUGAGGAACCUUUCACGACGGAGACCAGGUACAAGCAAGCAGUGGAAGAGAAGAAAGCUUUGGAGGCGCUGAUCGGAACUCUACGCAACCACCUGUCCCGUCUCACCUCCGAGCUCUCCGAUCACCAGCAGCUUCUCAAUGAGCUCCGCAUGCUGCGCGACGUUGAUGCUCGUGCAUUGGCAGAGAAAGGAAAGGACAUGGACAACCUGCGGACAGAAGUGGAACGUUUGGCUGGAGAGGUAGAGGUCUUGAGGGGUGUGGUAGAGGAGGGCCUCAAGGAAAGGCGGAACGAACGGGAUCCGCAGGAGGCAACUAUUCUUGAGCCUUCUGAGGAGCUGACCAUGGAAACUCAGAAUGACGAGCCUUCUGUGCAACAGCAGAGGCAUGAUCAGGAAGAUUCAGCUAUAUUUGGAGUUGAUGAUGGCCAGGAUGAUGGCGAUGAUGGUUCAAUGUUUCGAGGACAUCGCGCACCUACCCCGACUAUUCCUGUGCCGGACCACACUACGCGCGCUGAGAUCGCACCAGUUGGAUCUUCGAGACCACUGAACGAUCCCACUACUCGUCCCCUUAUUGACACCGAUGAUGCUGAACGGGUCUACGCUGACGUCCAUGGGCGCCGUGCCGACCGGUCGGCGUCUUUAGCAAGCAGUCGCUCCUCAAGCAGCUCACAUUCGCGGAUUUCCUCUCGCUCAGUCUCACCCGCGCUUUCCGCCCGGAUCUCGCAUUCCUCGGCCACCAGCCACCAGAGCAUGGAAGACGAGCGGAAGUCCUCUGUCGCUUUCAACCCACGUCGGACAUCUGGUGACCGACCCGCAAACACGCCGCCGAGAAAUGCGGGGCAGCUUCCUUCGCGUCCUAUGGCACCUACGCCUGGUAUCGCGCUCAAGAAGAUGCAUACGAGGGCCGGGCGCGACGAAGCCCUUCGACGUGCGCCUGAGCGGCAUGCAGACCCUCCCGUUGAUGCGCCGUUCCCACAAAUCCGCGGCGCGCACCUCGAACGCCUCUUCUUUUCCGCGCCCGAGCAUAAUGCGCAGACAUGUACAGUGUGCCACCGCCGUCGCCGGAAUCGCGCGCCAGGCAAGAAGGCUGAGGAUCAUGCGGACUUCUGGAUGGAGGAGGAUUAUCGUAAACUUGGAAAGAAGGCACAAGAUGACGGCGAUGACGAAGGCUUUGCGGAGGGCUCCGAUGAUGGCAUCGGAAGCGGUGGUCAUCAGCGCGAUGAGAUACCGCCGCAGACCGUACUGACGCGGGUGGUUAGGGAGCUAGAAGACGAUUUCACCCAUUAUAAGAGCAUUUACGUAGAGUUGGCUGAACAGUACAAAGAGAUGGAUGCGGUCUCCAACGUCGCGAAGCGCAAUGUCGUGGCCGGGCACCUGCGCGAAGUGAUCGACAUCCUGGAACAAAAAGGCGAUCAAAUUGCUUCGCUGUACGGCCUCCUGACUUUCAAAGAUAAGCCCGUUGAGCAGCCUGCCGCUACGGAACAAGACGCCCGACCUGUACCUGACAACAUCUCAUCGUGGGGCCGGGCUCGCGGAAGGAAGACAUGCCCGAGCGCAUCGUAGCCUGCACGUUGUACAUCUAUUUUUGAUGCCUUAUUGAUUGGUCUUCUUCUAUUCCGUCCAUGUUGUUUUUAGAGUAUACGUGGACAGUCACCGUAGUCACCCGAUUGACUGGUCGCUGCGUGCUGUUGACCGUCUACUUGUCUUGUUUAACUUUGUCUUCAUCGUCUUCGCGGCUUGUUUACCUAUUGUAUAGUAAUGAACGAGUACUCUCAGUGCAAAUCUCAAGCUUGGAUCAGUUGUGGAC